CUAGAGAGAGAGAGAGAGAAACAGUAGUGUGUGACUGUUAGAGAGAGAGAGAGAAAAGAGGAAAAGAAACUUAAAAAAAAAAAAAAAUGAAGCAGGUAUCAAAGGAUCCAUUCGAAGCGGCGACGUUUGAGGAGGAACAACAAGAAUCACCACCAGAGUCUCCUUCACUUUCACCUUCUCAUUCAUCUGCUGCUGCUGCUGUUGCCGCUGUUGAUGAUGAUGGAGUACAAGAUGACACCAUCGUUGAUGUACUCGAUGCUACUGCUAAUAAUAAUAAUAAUAUUAAUAAUAAUAUUAUUAUUAUUGGUGACCCCCCUUCUUCUUCCACAUUAAACACUACUACUGCUACUGCUGCUGCUCCAAUCAUACCACCGCACCCUUCUUUUUCAGCCUCUACUAGUCGUGGCGGCGGCGGCGGCGGCGGCGGUGGUGGGUCCCAUCCAUCAAAGAAUAAAGAGGAGGAGGAAGAAGAAGAGGAGGAGAACAUGGAUGUUGAGCUCUCCAAGCUCCCCUCUUCUGCUGACCCUGAUAAAAUGGCCAAGAUGCAGGCUAUUUUAUCACAAUUCACAGAGGAACAAAUGAGUAGGUAUGAGUCCUUUAGGAGAGCUGGAUUUCAGAAAGCUAACAUGAAAAGGUUGCUAGCAAGCAUCACUGGAACCCAGAAAAUUUCUGUGCCAAUGACAAUUGUAGUGUCGGGGAUAGCAAAAAUGUUUGUUGGUGAACUUGUUGAAACAGCUAGAAUGGUUAUGAUGGAGAGGAAAGAAUCUGGGCCCAUCAGACCUUGCCACAUCAGAGAAGCAUAUAGAAGAUUAAAGCUUGAAGGCAAAGUGCCAAAGAGAUCAGUUCCGAGGCUCUUUCGUUAAAUAGACCAGAUACAGUUUAUGUGGCUGAAUGCACAGUCUAUUAUUAGGUCAAUUCAACUGCGGGGUUGGAUGCAAUACGUUGGUUGUAUGAAUUAGAGGCCUGAACCUACACUUAAUCAGCAGUAAGCACUGGGGGCAUCUCCCUCCCAAAAUGAACACCAUGCACAGGUCAUAUUGACAGUCUCCUAUCUACUUCCUGCUUCAUUGUUGUAUUGAAAGCUAUGGGCAUAAAUGCUAGAACUGUCCUUUUGGGCUAUGACUCUCUCUCUCUCUCUUGUUGGAUUGGAAGAAAGUUAAGUAACUAUCCUUGAUUACUUUUCAUUGUUUAUCACCCAUGGAUGCCAUGAUGCCAGUGGAUGUCAUUGUGCCACGUCUUUUUCUUUUCUUAGGCCAUAUGGAUGUAAUUUUGCCAUAAAACCCAUGUUUCAUUAAUUUCAUGUACCUGAGGUAUUUUGUUUUGAAGGGCAACUUCAUUGCAUUU